AUGAACGUACAAUUGCGUAUUUCGUGUUGUGUGCCUAUUGGUGAUCGCCGAAGUUAUAGUUGGACAUCCCGUGAAUCACAACACAUCGAAAUCGCACAGUUUGUUAUUGAAGAUCUACUGGAUCAUCAGAAUGAACCUACAGAUGUUAUAUGCCGACCUUGUUGGCAAAGGGCCGAGCGGCAAUAUCUCCGACGUCAACGUGAAGUGCAGGAACAACCUGACAACGAAGAACCUGAUGUUGCAGGCGAAGGAGUUGACGCUGUGCCUCAUUCUACAGUUUUACCUGGAUAUGUCCGAACUAGUAAUACGGCAAACUCUUGUGUAUUUCAACACUGUGUAGACACAACAAGACACAGAAUAUCAGAAAACAUUAUUCUACGUGUUCUUUGCCGAUACAGUGUUGAUGUUUGUUCGUAGUAAAUAUCUUAGGCAUAUUCAUUCGAUAUAGUGAUAAUACAAUCCUUACCUGAUGAUCCAGUAGAUCUUCAAUAACAAACUGUGCGAUUUCGAUGUGUUGUGAUUCACGGGAUGUCCAACUAUAACUUCGGCGAUCACCAAUAGGCACACAACACGAAAUACGCAAUUGUACGUUCAUAAUGUCAGUUAAUAAGCCACAGAGCUGCGUAAAAGUUUCGCUAAAUACACUUGAUAUUGUAUCACUUUAAGAACAAGAGAGUAAUGUCACGAUAGCCGUCCGAUGUAACCAAAGUCGCAUGGAUAACUGACUGGCUGCAGGCUGGUGACGCUGGCGUGGCGCGGGCGGUCGGCAACCAAUAACAAUGCGUUCACGCACCCAG